UCUACAUCGCCGCUCUCAGUACAGUUCCCUCCAACACCAGAUCCGCUUUUCUUUUGAUCUGCACGGACGCUCGUCCAUGCCCCAUUUGAUUGGUCCAAAAGUAGAUCUGCUUUUUAGAUCGCUCCUGAUCAUCUUCUAGCGAUCUUCUAGCAAAAAUAGCACAAGCACUUACCAUGUAAUUAUGCAACAAUACGAGUAGCUUACGCUUACCCGGGACCUCCUACACAGCGACAAUUUUUACCAGUGAAGCUCAGAAUAACGUUGAUGUAAAAGGAAAAGCUAGAUUUAUCAUUUUCAUUAAGCGUUCACAUCGAUCGCAAUUUUCAUUUCUUGAUCCAGCAACUUACUACCGAAGACAUUAGAAAACAAAAUGACGGCAGUUCUCUCCGGCUCGACGAUUGACUCGGAACAGGAGGCUAUCAAAGUUUCCCUGGACCAGUUUUUCAAGGAUACGCUGUCAUUCACCACCGAGUUCUACACCGGGACGGGUGAGGAGUCCGAGCCGCUGCUGAAGCUCGUUUUCGAUUUCUGUAACGAGAAAGAGGCAAAGGUCGUUCCUCUGGGCGGCGGAAUCUGCAGGAUCACGAAAAAAGGCGCGCCAGAGCAGCAGGAGGCAGGCGGCGCUCCUGGGGAAGACGAUUCCGAUGAGGAGUAAAGAUAGGGUACGAAGAUCAUGUUCUUGUUUCACUAGAACGAGGGGUCUCGGUGAGGACGACCCUGUGCGACUACACGAGCAAGAACUACUAUUGGAAUUCUCUGUUGAUGACAAUUAUUGACGAGAAAGUAAAUGGCUUGCGCUUGCGCCGUUUAUCUGACCACGCGACUAAACGGACGACACUGCUCGUAGCUUGGAAUCCAUCGUGUAGCUGUUGCUACUUCAAUCGCAGUAU